GUGGAGGGAGGGGGUGAAAAUGGCGCCCAGCUCGAAAUCGGAGCGGAACAGCGGGGCCGGGAGCGGCGGCGGCGGCCCCGGGGGCGCCGGGGGAAAGCGGGCAGCGGGUCGGCGGCGGGAGCACGUCCUCAAGCAGCUGGAGCGGGUUAAGAUCAGCGGGCAGCUCUCCCCACGCCUCUUCCGGAAGCUGCCGCCCAGGGUCUGCGUCUCCCUCAAGAACAUCGUGGACGAGGACUUCCUCCAUGCGGGACACAUCUUCCUGGGCUUUUCCAAGUGCGGCCGCUACGUCCUCUCCUACACCAGCAGCAGCGGGGACGACGACUUCUCCUUCUACAUCUACCACCUGCACUGGUGGGAGUUCAACGUGCACAGCAAGCUCAAGCUGGUCCGGCAGGUGCGGCUCUUCCAGGACGAGGAGAUCUACAGCGACCUGUACCUGACCGUGUGCGAGUGGCCCAGUGACGCCUCCAAGGUCAUCGUCUUUGGCUUCAACACCCGCUCGGCCAGCGGCAUGCCCACCAACAUGGUCCUGAUGAGUGACGAGAACCACCGCGACAUCUACGUCAGCACCGUGGCCGCCCCCCCGCCGGGCCGCUGCGCCGCCUGCCGCCAGGCCAGCCGGGCCCACCCAGGGGAGCCGGGCGCCCAGUGCCUGUGGCACGGCUUCAUGCUGCACACCAAGUUCCAGGUGGUCUACCCCUUCCCCACCUUCCAGCCGGCCUUCCAGCUCAGGAAGGACCAGGUGGUGCUGCUCAACACCAGCUACUCCCUGGUGGCCUGCGCCGUCUCCGUCCACUCGGCAGGUGACGGCGGCUUCUACCAAGUCCUCUAUGACCACAUGACCCCCCACCCGGCCCCUCCCAGCCCCCCUGGGCCCCGGAGCCCGGAGGUGGCCCCGGCCCCCCCUAGCCCCUGCCCCGAGGCCACCCCCACCCGGGUCCCUGGGACCCCCGAGCCCUCGCCUGCCGUCGCCAAAGCCAAGGAGUUUGUGGCCGACAUCUUCCGCCGAGCCAGGGAGGCCAAGGGCUGUCCCUCCGAGGAGGCCCGGCCGCCCUCUGAGCCCCCAGCGCCGGACGGGGAGGCAGCAGCCCGGGGCGGGACCCCCAGUGCCGAGGCGCCCGCCCCCGAGCCCGGCUACGUCAACUACACCAAGCUGCAUUACGUCCUGGAGUCUGGGGAAGGGACGGAGCCCGAGGACGGGUUCGAGGACGACAAGAUCUCCCUGCCCUUCGUGGUCACUGAUCUCCGUGGCCGCAACUUGCGGCCCAUGCGGGAGCGGGCGGCCGUCCAGGGCCAGUACCUGACGGUGGAGCAGCUCACGCUGGAUUUCGAGUACGUCAUCAACGAGGUCAUCCGCCACGAUGCCACCUGGGGCCACCAGUUCUGCUCCUUCAGCGACUAUGACAUCGUCAUCCUGGAGGUGUGCCCGGAAACCAACCAGGUGCUCAUCAACAUUGGCCUGCUGCUCCUGGCCUUCCCGUCCCCCACCGAGGAGGGCCAGCUCCGACCAAAGACCCACCACACCAGCCUCAAGGUAGCCUGGGACCUCAACACGGGCGUUUUUGUGACCGUCAGCGUGGGCGACCUCACCGAGGUCAAAGGGCAGACCAGCGGCAGCGUCUGGAGCUCCUACCGCAAGAGCUGCGUGGACAUGGUGAUGAAGUGGCUGGUGCCCGAGAGCAGCGGCCGCUACGUCAACAGGAUGACCAACGAGGCGCUGCACAAAGGGUGCUCCCUGAAGGUCCUGGCCGACAGCGAGAGGUACACGUGGAUCGUGCUCUGAGGGCCCAGCUGCCCUCACCUGCCUCCAACUACCUCCCCGGCCCACAGCCCCCAGGACCGGCACUCGUGUCAGGCCACAGGAGGGGCCGGGGCGGGGGCAGCCCCCGGUGGCCUGGGAGCCUGGACACCUCUUAUUUAUGCCUAUUUAAGUUGGGAAGGGCGGAGGGGGCGUCCCCCACUGCACCCUGCGUCGGGCACAGGCCCCUCCACCACCCUGGGGGAGGCUGAGUGGACCCCCUUGCCCUGCCCGGCGCCCCAGCCCCCCCACCUGACGGCGGGAAGCUUUGCUGCCCAGACGCCCUCUGCUCCCGCUUCAUGUAAUAAAUGUUUCAUUUCCCAACC